CGGCGGCGCUGCCUUGGGCCCCUCUGCCGGACCUCCAGCGCCGGGUGCCAUGGGGGCCAGCGACGCUUCCAUCUCGCUGCUCGUGAUGGCAGGCACGGUGACGCUGACCGCUGGCUGCAGGCGAGCGGCCCGCCGCGCCAGUAAGCCCCGCUUGCGGGACUUCCUCCUGGAGCUGCUCGGCGCCUUCCAGAUCUGCGCUUGCACGCACGAGCUUCGCCUGCUGGCCGAUCUUCCACCCCAGCCGCACGCGGCCCUUACGCUCACGUACAUCUUCACAGCAGUUCAUGGCUUGACUUUGUACGACAGCAUCAACAACCCUUGCAGCAGCUUUCAGCUAUUCUGCAAAGCCAAAAUCUCGGUCAAGUCCUGGUGGCUGCAGACUUCCGGGCAGUUCGCUGGAGCAGUACUGGCCAUCAUCUACAUCAGGUUGUUCUGGAUGUUGGGGAUCGUGCCCGUGCACGCACGGGCGCUGGCGGAGAACUGCAGCAACCCCAUCCAAACCACCGUAGCAAAUGCUUUCCUCCUAGAACUCCUGUUCUCCUCCCUGGUCCAUCUGAGCUUUCUGCAGUUUGAAUCAAUGAAUCCUAAGCUAAAAGCCAAUCUCGUCGCUUUGCUGAUCACCACAUUAGUAUACGAAGGAGGAAAACUGACAGGGGCCAUAUUCAAUCCAGCACUGGCUUUUUCCUUGCACAUAAGUUGUUUCACUGAUACAUUUUGGAAUUACAUGCUGGUGUACUGGAUAGCACCCUGUAUAGGGUCCGUGAUGGUGGUCAUGGUGUGGGAUGACAUCCUUCCCCUGCUUCGCGGAUAAGUUUAAAAUGGUAGAAAAAAGUUUUAUCUGACAGACUAUUAAUACUGAUGCAGCUGUAUUCUACAUGGAAGGCAGCCAGAAGGCUGGACAUUCAAAUCAUUCUGACAGCUUUCAGGUGUUUUUCCUGGAAAUAUCAUUAAAGGAUUUUAUAA